AUGGCCGGCUUUCCUAGCCCUUCUGUCAUUGACCGACUAACUAACCUCCCAGUCGAACUCCAGCACAACGUCUUGAUAGAACUUCUCUCGACCAGCAGCCCCUGUGUCUUUGCUCUAUUUGUCCCAGAAUGGGGCGUCUGUUCUCACGGAAACGACCCAGUGAACGCCGCGUAUGAUCUACAGAGGACCGAAGUCUACACCCGGGGAGUUAAUGGCGGUCAAGGGACUUUCGUGUCUGGUAACGUGCAUCGCGAGGGGGACCACGUCUCGUUCCCUCUGAAAAAUAAUAUCCCAUGUCGAACCAUCGAAGAACUCAAGUCACGUUUUCCUGCGGCCAUGGACUGGGCUCUGAAAGACCUGGAGCGAACCCGACUUCAAUGUUAUCACCAAAUCUUCCCACGAGCGCCCGACGAUGAUAUAGGUAAGUACAUGGCACACGGCGGCCUGGUCUUUGGUGAGUAUGACCCCGUAGAACAACAAGACAAGCUCGACCACCCUCCAGCACCGACAGCAGAAAUGCAGAUGUGCGAGCUGCCGCGCCACCUGAUGUUCCACAGCGUGCCCAACGACCCCUGGUUCCGCCUCCGCCUGCGGCGCAACCCCGAGCCCAAGAUCGGCUUCGGGAUGCGGUUCUUCGUGGAGGCCGGCGCGAGCAUGCUGCAGGUGGACUGGAGCGUCAUGCCGCAGCUGGAGACGGUGUUCCUCGACCUGCGGUCGUACGGGCGCGGGCACCGCGGCUCCCGUGGCAAGCCGGAGGACGACGGCAUCCGGCGCGGCGCGGCGGAGAUGAGCCGCUGUCUGCGGCUGCAGGACCUGGUCAUCGCGGGCCUGCGGAGCGGCGGUAAGUAUGUGCGGCCGCCGGGCUGGCAGCUGUGUGACUGGGAGGUGGACGAGUGGGAGGUUGACGGGGAGGUCAACUGGGUCAAGGUGUUUUGCGGGGCUGUGAGGGAGGGCGGCCGGUUGGUGUUUAUUGAUCGCAGGGUCGUUGAUGUGGAUUGGGGGAUGUGGAGAGUGAGGGCUAAGAUUCAAGGUAUGUUGCCCAAGGAUCGCUCUCAGGAGAAAGGCGGCAUGACCUACCUGGCUCAUGUCGACAAGUUAAUGUGA